AUGGAGAUCCCAAUCCGCCUCACAGUCCUCAUUUCUGGCAAUGGGUCAAACCUACAAGCCGUAAUCGACAAGGUCAGCGCCGGCCAGCUACCGGCGAAACUCGUCCGCGUGAUCUCCAACCGCAAGGAUGCGUACGGCCUCGAGCGUGCCCGCCGCGCAGACAUUCCCACGGAGUACCACAAUCUGGUGAAGUACAAGAAACGGCAUCCGGCGACACCGGAGGGUGUCCAGGCCGCGCGCGAGGAGUACGACGCCGAGCUGGCGAGAUUGGUACUGGCGGAUUCGCCGGAUCUGGUGGCUUGUUUGGGUUUCAUGCAUGUACUGUCGCCGAAGUUCCUGGAGCCGUUGGAGGCGGCGCGGAUGAAGAUUAUUAAUCUUCACCCUGCUUUGCCUGGGGCGUUUAAUGGAGCUAAUGCGAUUGAACGGGCCCAUGCCGCAUGGCUCGAGGGCAAACUUGAUAAGACGGGCGUCAUGAUCCACAACGUGAUCUCGGAGGUUGAUAUGGGCGAGCCGAUCCUUGUUCGGGAGAUUCCGUUCGUCAAGGGCGAGGAUGAGGAUCUGCAUGUCUUUGAGAAGAAGGUCCAUGAGAUCGAAUGGGGGGUUGUGAUUGAAGGCGUACAGCUCGCGAUUGACGAGAUCAAGUCUCGGCGAUGA